AUUUUCAAAGUUCAAAGAUCUACGACCAUUACUUAAAAGCACAACGGUGUAUUUUUUACUUUUCCCAAAUCACACAAGCUCUUACAUAUUUUUCACUGUAUUUGUGUAAUACGAUUCCUUGCUUUCACUUUCACUCUCACGCUUCCACAUUCACUUACAUCUAUGGUUCUUUUCUAACACAAGUAGGUUUUAGCAGACAUGGCUGAGGCUAUACUCGGAGAUCACAACCAGUACAGCUGCUCAAUAUGUUUGGAGUUGUUGAGGGAUCCCGUGACAAUUCCGUGCGGACAUAGUUACUGUAUGAGCUGUAUCAAUGAGUGCUGGAGUACAACCGAUCAGAAAGGUACUUAUAGAUGUCCACAAUGCAGACAGACCUUCAAUUCAAAGCCUCCACUCAACAGAAGUACAGUGCUGGCUGAAAUAAUGGAGAAACUGAGGAGCACAGAGCUGUCAGAGUCUGCUAAAAGUCUUGCUGGACCUGGAGAGAUUGCGUGUGAUUUCUGUUCUGGAGAGAUGAUCAAAGCUGUCAAGUCUUGUCUGGAGUGUCGAGCCUCUUACUGUGAAACACAUGUACAGCCUCACUAUAAUGUUCCUGCCCUGAGGAAACACAAGCUGGUGAAAGCUGCAGUCAUUCCAGUAUGCCCCAAACACGACAAGCUCCUUGAGGUUUACUGUCGAACGGACCAGAAAUGUGUCUGCAUGCACUGCUUAUUGGAUGACCACAAGGGCCAUGACACAGUACCAUCUACAAUAGAGCGCAACAAGAAACAGAUAAAUCUCACCGACACAAAGACAAAAGUCAAGCAGACAAUCCAGGCAAAAGAAAAAGAGCUGCAGAAGAUGAAAAUGGACAUCACGUCCCAUUCAGAUUCUGCAAAGAAGGCAGUGGAGAACAGUAAGAAAGUCUUCAGUGAAUUAGUCAAACUUAUUGAGAAAAGAAGCAAUGAGGUGAUUGAAGUAAUAAAAGCUCAAGAAAAGGCUGAUCUGGAUCAAGGCACAAUGCUACAAAAGAAGCUGGAGGGGGAAAUUACUGAGCUGAAGAAAAGGGAAGGAGAUCUAGAGGAUCUUAUACAGACAGAAGACAACAUCCAAUUUCUUCAGAAUUAUGAGACUCUGUCCUCUUCUUCUGGGUCUGACGGCUUCCACAGUCGUUCUUUUAAGCCUUGCUGCUGUCAUCCAGAUGUAAACAAACUGGUCUGUGAACUUAAAGUGAGACUAGAGACUAUUUUCAACCAGGAAAUAAAUGAAACUGUUCAAAAAGUUUCAGAUCUGGCCAUAAAGAACCAUCCAGUCUGCAUUAAGGUUGGAGACAGAGUCAGAGUGAAACCUUCUAUUAAAACCCCAAAAUAUGGAGGUGUCACACAUAAGAGUGUGGGUGUGGUAAAAGAUAUUAAAAGUGAUCAGAGUUUGGUCAUUGACUUUCCUGAAUGUACAAGCUGGAAAGGAUUUCUUUUGGAAAUGGAGCCAGUAACUGAUGAUGACGAGUGUGGAUCUUCAACUCUCAACUGUAAUAUUAAAAUAGGAGACAAGGUCUGUGUGAAGCCAUCUGUUGAAACUCCAAAAUAUCUGUGGGGUUCAGUCAGCCACAAAAGCAUUGGCAGUGUCAGAAAUGUGCAGGGAGAAACUGUGACAGUAGAUUUCCCUGAGCAGGAAGGUUGGAUUGGUCAAGUUUCAGAAAUGGAGCUUGCCAGUGCUGAUUUAGGAUCCCCCAGUCAUGCCUGCUUCAAGAUAGGAAACAGAGUCAGUGUGAAAUCUUCAGUGAAAGAUCCAAAACAUGGAUGGGGAUCAGUCACUCAGAACAGCAUCGGUGUCAUUAAAAGAAUUCAGGGUGAGUCUUUGACUGUGGAUUUUCCUGAGCAAACAGAUUGGACUGGUGUCGCUUCAGAAAUGGAACUCAUAAACAGUGAUGUUUCAGAAGUGCUCAGCUUAAGGCCUGGAGUGAGGGUCCGUGUUAAACCCACCAUCAGCACUCCAGAUCAUGGCUGGGGAAGUGUCACCAAGCACAGCAUUGGAGUGGUUGUAGCUAUAGAUGGAACCAAAGUGACUGUGAACUUCUCUGAGCAGUCUAACUGGACUGGCAUUGUCUCAGAGAUGGAGGUUGUACUUUAAUGAUGAUACGAAGCAUCCAGGAGCUGUUCGCUACAUUGACACUGUGCAAGGGUUUAAAUAAAUGUUUUGGGAUAAUGAGGUUGCUCUUAACAUCUGGGUUUAAUGCACAUAAUCUGUGGUGUGUCUCAGUCAGCUCCCUAGCUUGUGAAUCAGUAUAUCGUGUACAUGAAUCUGGUCACUGGUAAGGACCCCGGCUCACUACACCUUGGGACAGUGAUUACUCAAUUUCCAGCAACAUGACUACAACUAUGUAGCCUACAACGUUAUAAAACAUCACUGCUGUUAUUAAUCAACAUCAAGCAGGAACUAUAUCUUCUUGAUAUUAUUUUUAUGCUCUUUAAACACAUUGUUCUGUUACGUAUCCUUACAACACUUCAGGUGAAUAUUAAUUAGAAAUGUUAACUAUGUGUGUUCAAUAAUGUCUAGCAAUGUGUUUAUGCUGAUAUAUAAUAAAAACAGUUUGUCUUUUAAAAUCUU